AAAAAAAAAAAAAAAAAAAAGCGGGCAAACUGAAACGAAUUUGCAAAGCCAGAGGAACCGCGCGAGGAAAUACAAUGGCGGCGGCGGCAACGGAUGUGGCGGCAGAAGAGGGAGAGAAGGAAGGGGCUGGCCUCGUUGCCCCGCCGACCUUUGCGGAGCUCCCAAACGGUCGGGUCAAAUGCGUCGAAACCGGCUACGAGAUGGUCACCGGAGAUGUGCAGUGCUACUCCCGCAGCAAACGCUGCCGUUUGGGCCUCAUCGACUUCGCUCUUGCCCACAACAAGCCACCUCUCAACAUGUUCAAGCAAGACCCCCUUUGCCGUUCGAUGUUGAUCUGCAAGUUAACGGGGGAUAGAGUGAAUAAGUCGGAGAAACAUAUAUGGAAGCACAUCAAUGGCAGAAGGUUCCUCCACAAAUUAGAACAGAAAGAAGAAGUGGAUGUUACAUCGAAGCGGAAAAUGGGGGUUGUGAAUAUGAAGAAGAAGAAGGAGGAGCAGAAAACGAAGAAAACAGCCGAUGAGAUUAAAUCUGAAUUGAGGGAUCCUUCUGAGAGAAACAGCAAUUUUGCUGGAGAUUCUGGAGAUUUUGAGCUGAUCUCUGGUGCUGAGUCAGAGCAAGACAGCGAUGUAAGUGAAGGGAACAGAAUCAUAAAUUGUGAAGAUUCUAGCAAGGAGUCGGAAGAUAUUUCUACGCGAAUCAAGAGAAUGUCCAUCGAGAUCGGACCUAGUAGCUUCGCCUCAAGGAAGAAGAAACCGAAGAAGGAUAUGCCUUGUUAAUAUUUACUGCAGUAGUCCGAUCCUUUAGCAGGUCUUUCCCAAAUAUUUUCAGGGAAAUUACCCCAUACAUAUUGAUCAGCAGUUUUCAGUAUCAGAAGCGAUGUUCCUCCUUGUGAGAUAAAUUCUCUCGUCUAUUACUCGUUCUGUUGGAUUGUUGUAUUUGUGUUGAUAUUGAUAUUAUCUUUGAACAGAAGUGCGCUGCAAAUUAGGGUCAAAUAGCUGAAGAUCUGCUCAAAAGUAGGACAUACCUUUAUGUUGGCAUAUAUGUGUUAUGAAUAAAUCAAUCGGAUCUGGUUUUGGACAA